CAAACCAGCCAAAUGAAUUGAUGGAUGUGGAUUGCAUGUUCAUGUUUAUUGGAUUUGUUUGAGAACACAAACUUAACCAAACAAGACAGAAGCUGUGAAGGAUGUUUUUCUCCAGAGGGCAGCAGAAGCAUCCCCUCAUCCACAGGCGGGUCCAAAGCCAUGACAUCAGAGGAGGAGGGGCCUGCUGCGAUGGGGGCGGAGCCACACACAGACCUGUGUGCCUCUCCUGCCUGGGAUGGGCUUGUUGAAGAAGAGGCAGAGCCUGCUGAGCAGGAGGAGGCGGGGGUGGUGGAUCAGGCUGAGCAGGUGCAGGAAGUGGCUGAUGAUGUCAGCAGUGAGUUAAGUGCUCUGGUCGUCCCAUACCCUGAACUGGCGCACAUCGUCUUCUUCUGCCUCAAACAGACCACAUGUCCUCGCAACUGGUGCAUCCGUAUGGUGUCCAGCCCAUAUCCUUAACAACUGCAGCUGCAUCAGUGCCAUUUCAGUAUC